UCAUCUGCAGAACGAAGAAGAAACGACGGCGUCUGGCGGACGCAGCCCCACCGAAAUCCCAAACACCAGCGAACAACUAUGAUCAGGAUGCGAGGGAAGUCCUGUAUUUCCAUUGAAGAACUAUGAAACGAGCUUGGAAAUUAUCAUCAGACGCAGCCCAAACGAGAGAUCGGUUCCUCCAGAGAAGAUGCUCGGGCUCCCAUAACCCCCCUACAACGAGCCCUUCCUUGAACCCAUCAUCAUGUAAAACCCCUACUUCUGCUUCCAGGUUGCUUCGACAAUGUCCGCCCCAGACGCCAUCUACCACCUCCCAAAUCGUGUGGCCAAACAUCGCCCCUUUAUUCCUUAACAAAUGGCGCAGCCCAGGUGAUUCGACCGCCAAACAAGAUCAAAGAGACAGGGUCUCAGCAUUGAAAGAGGAGUUAUUGAAGUACAGCGGCGAUGCGGAGAAUAUUGAGAGAGUUUUGGAAGAAAAAGGGGUGCCUUUGUUUCGGACUUAUUAUGAUGGCUCUGCUGUUAUUGAGCUCUUAAAGCAGUUGGCUUCCUCUCCUGAUUUAGCCCUUCAGAUCUUCAAUUGGAGAAGGGAGCAAUUAGACCAUGGUGCACCUAUGACGAACGAGGAGUAUGCCACGGGCAUUACUUUGGCUGGAAGAUUGAAGGAUGUUGAUCUCGCAGCUGAGCUUUUUGCUGAAGCUGCCAACAAAAAACUUAAGGAAACCUCUCUGUACAAUGCACUUAUGAGUGCUUACAUGUACAAUGGUUUGGCUGCAAAAUGUCAGUUAGUUUUCUGGGAUUUGAGGCGGGAAGAAACAUGUAAACCAACAAUUGUCACAUAUAACAUUCUCAUCUCAGUCUUUGGACGGUUGAUGCUGGUAGAUCACAUGGAGGCAACUUUACAAGAGAUCAAGGAUCUGAAUCUCUCCCCUAAUUUGAGCACAUACAAAAAUCUAAUUGCUGGAUAUAUUACUGCAUGGAUGUGGGACAAUAUGGAAAAGACCUAUAUGAUCAUGAAGGCAGAUGACGUGAAGCCCGACCUUUCUACCCAUUUGCUGAUGCUCCGAGGGUAUGCGCACUCUGGUGAGUUGAAAAAGAUGGAAGAGAUUUAUGAGCUGGUAAAAGAUCAUGUGAAUAAUAAGGAAAUUCCCUUGAUUAGAACUAUGAUAUGUGCGUACUGCAGGAGUUCUGUUUCAAAUAGGGUUAAAAAGAUCGAGGAAUUGUUGGUGUUGAUUCCAGAAAAUGAUUACAGACCUUGGUUGAAUGUGUUACUGAUUUGUCUGUAUGCAAAUGAGGAUUCACUGGAGCAAAUGGAAAAUUUAAUUAGUGAGGCAUUUGAGCAUAAUACUGCUGUCAGGACAACUGUAAUAAUGCGUUGCAUAGUUUCAAGUUAUUUCCGAAAUGAUGCAGUGGACAAGCUGGCUAAUUUUGUGAAACGCGCAGAAAGUGCUGGCUGGAGACUUUGCCGGUCUCUUUAUCACUGCAAAAUGGUUAUGUACUCAUCACAAGGGCGCCUUGCUGAGAUGGAGAUGGUUGUGGAUGAGAUGCGCCAAGUGAAUGUCUACUUUUCCAAAAAAACGUUUUGGAUACUGUACAAGGCCUACUCACAAUGGGGUCAAAAGUGUAAACUAAAGCAGGUUUUAGGAAUGAUGUGCAAACACGGUCAUUCUAUUCCUUUGAAUACAUGCAGUUCAUAGUGCAUCCUUCAAUUCAACAGUUUCAGUGUGCUGAAAGAAUAAUUUUGGUAACUGUAUUCUGCAGCUUCCAGUUAGACAGUCGAUGUGCCUAAGACACACACCCAGAAGUUCACCAAAGAAAAUUCCUUGGUUCCCUAGGUCAGCAACUAGAAUUUUAGGUUUCAGUCUAAUCUGAAGACUGAUUUACUAUAUACCAGCAUUUUAGUUUUUCUCCUUUUUUCUCUCUCUCUCUUUUUUACCUUUUUUCCUUCUUCCGGUACCUCUGUGAAAGUCUGGCCUUCACCUUUUACAUUCUAAUGCUCAUGACUUGACAAAUUAGUUUUCUCCAAGACCCAUGAUUUUGUGGUAAAGUGUUUGUGUAUAUCAGGUCUAGAGGUAACGGAUGUUGUUCAAUGUAGAAGGAACAAUUGGUAAUGUUGUAUGUGAAUACGUUGGAGUGUCGUGCUACAUCGGUGUAUAGAAAUGUUCUUCAACACAUCUGAAACAAGGGGCCGAUUUUGCCAAAACAAAGAUUGAAGGAUAUUGUCUAAGUUUAGUAUUUUCUACUAUAACAUUUGGAUUUAAAUUUUGCUGCCACUCCAAUGUCGUGUUUGGUGUCGGUGCCAUGAAAUGUGUCAGCAACCAUGAAAUGUGUCAGCAACGAGGUAACGAGAUUUGGUUGAUGACAGAGUUGUUUUGACUGAUGUUUAGUGCGCUUUACUUUUACUGCAUCAGAAACAUCUGUGGAUUAGUGCAAUGCAUCUUCAUUUUACAGUAUAGCCUGUUUGAUGAGGUGCACAACAUAGAUGGAUGGUGAAGUUUCUAGAAUGUAGGACAAACUUUGGGCAGCAAUCAGCUGAAUGACAUGUCAAAUUUUGGUUUUGCAUACUCCUGCAAGGUGGCAAUUAGCCAAAUAUGGGGGCAGGAUGACAACCAUUCCCGAAGGUUCAUGGACUUGAUUUGCCAAAUCUUUAAAUUUGAAAAAAAAAAUUGUAAGUUUCAGAUCAUGCGGUGUACAUGAUGUACAUCGCCAUGUAUUGGGGACACAAAUAGGUGUUCUAUGCUUAUAUGUUGUGUUCAAACAAAAGUGAUUGACAUUGUUGAACAAACAACUCACAAUUUGUUCAUAUGGA